AUGGCCGAAGAAGGCCUUCUACAAGGGGCUUCGACGCCAAUCGAUGAGGCUAAUGCUAGGAUCUUCAAGCCAAGAGCAUACCAGCAAGAAAUGCUCACUGAAAGUUUGCGUCGGAAUAUAAUAGUAGCGAUGGAAACAGGUAGUGGCAAGACACAGAUUGCUAUUCUCCGAGUCCAGGAAGAAAUUAUGAGGUGUUCUCCAGAUAAGCUAGUAUGGUUCUUAGCACCCACAGUGGCAUUGGCCGAGCAGCAGUACGCGGUUUUCUGCAAACAACUACCACUAUAUCAAAGCAGAUUGCUGUUAGGGAGUGACAAUGUAGAUCAUUGGAGUACGCAGAAAAUCUGGGAUAAGAUCUUGCUGAAUCAACGCAUCGUGGUCUCAACGCCACAGGUGCUGCUGAAUGCUAUGUCCAGCGGUUUCGUUAAAUUGUCGAAGUUGGCACUUCUAGUAUUUGACGAAGCACACAGAUGUAUCGGAGCCAGUCCUUUCAACGGCAUCAUGCGUUUAUAUCAUCAUGCGCGUCUGACAAGUGAAUAUGCUGAAUUGCCUGGAAUUUUGGGGCUGACUGCAAGUCCAGCUGCGAAAGCCACUGCGGCUGCCGUCAAACUGCUAGAAGAAAACUUACAUGCUAUCUGCCGCACGCCAGUCGCUCAACGAGAGGAACUUUUGAAGCAUACCCAUACCCCAGAAAUCGUGCUAAUAAAGUAUCAACAAGAAACGGAGGAGAGAUCAGAGCUGUUAAACUGUCUUGAUACUCUUCUAUAUACCACGUUCAUGGAUAUUGAAAACGACCCUUAUAUUAAGUUACUUCGAGUGAGAAAGGAUCCGAAGAGUCAAGCAACGCUAGAAAAGACCCUCGAGUCUGGAAAGACCUUCACAAGAACGGAAAUCGAAUCUCUCACCCAGCGAGCUCAAGUCCUUCAAACCGGGCUUGGUUCGUGGGCGGCAGAUGUGUUUGUUGCCACAUGCACUGAGCGAUUCAUUGAAGGAGUUGUGAAGAAAUCAAACAACAACGUUUUCCGCCUCUGGGACGAUGCAGAGAAGGUAUAUAUGAUGAAUCGUCUUUCAAUCCUCCAACCCGCCAUGGAAGGAAGGCGCUGGGGAAGCCAGCCCGACGAAAUAUCGCACAAAGCGGAGUUAUUAGUGAGGAAAAUUGUGGAAUCGUUUCACCCGGGUUAUCGUAUUAUUGUCUUUGCUGAACAGCGUGCCACGGUCAUCAUGUUGGCACAUAUGCUCUCAGUCCAUCCGCUCAUGGAAGGGAUAAUAACUGCCCAUUUCCUUGGCAGCUCGAGCUACGCCAAAAGGAAGUCAAAUAUAACAGAACUGUUUACUCCAAGAGAUCAAAAGAACGCAGUGAAUGACCUGCGGUCUGGAAAAAUUAACGUUUUGGUAGCUACCUCAGUCCUGGAAGAAGGAAUUGAUGUUCCUGCGUGCAAUAUGGUGAUUUGCUUUGACCCUCCGAAAGAACUGAGGUCAUUCAUACAAAGGAGAGGCAGAGCUCGUGACCAGGAGUCUAAGCUCAUUUUGCUUAUUGAUGGCGCUGAUACUGAAAGUGUUGCCAAGUGGAUCACGAUGGAGGAGCACCUGAAGAAAAUAUACGCGGACGACCAGCGAUUGCUAGAGGAAAUAAAGGCAUUGGAAGAUAUUGAGGAAGAUAGUACGGAGUUCUUUCGGAUACCUACUACUGACGCUGUCCUCCACCAUCAGAACGCCCGAGAAUAUUUAGCAUAUUUCUGCGCCACAAUAACGUGCGCUUUUAUCGACAACCGACCCGAUUUCGUCAUUGCUCGGGAUGAUGUUACAGACGAAGUUACGGCCAAAGUUGUCCUACCAAGUUACCUCGACCCAUCACUACGUGUUGCACACUCAAAAUUCAGAUGGAGAACGGAAAAACGGGCUAAAAGGGAUGCUGCUUUUCAAGCAUAUCUCGCGCUGUACAAAGCAGGUCUGGUAAACGAUAACCUAAUGCCCAUUCACCGUUCCAAACACUUGGAUCCAGAAAAUACCGCGCAGGAGAAGCAAGUGAAGCUUGUCAAAGUUUCUGAAUGCUGGGACCCUUGGGCUGAUAUAGCCCAUUUACGAAGGAGCGAUGUAGCGUUGAUUCCCACGCGUGUUUGUUUCGAGGCAAAUCCCUUGGGGUUACCAGAUAUGGUGAUGCUGUUACCCAAGCGUCUGCCGUGUGAUUGGGAGUUUGAAUUGUUUUGGAAUGAAGAGAUUUCUUUUAAAGCGCGCCUGUGUUACGACCAUGGCGUAGUGCCAACUGGCAGUAAUCAGCACAGUGCACGAUUUACCCACGAAAUUCUAUAUUCUACCUAUCAGGGGCGCAUAACAUGGAAAGAGAAUGACUACGUUACACUAUUCUGGCCGGAGAAAGGCUUACAUAUGCCUGUCGAGCAGUGGGUUUCCUCAAUCGAAGGAGAAUAUGAAGCCAAUGACGCAGUUUAUUGCAUUACGGCAGGCCAGUUAGAUGCGUUAGGGCUUGCUCGUAGCAACGAGCUAUAUUCCCGGCCCUUUUUAGUCGAGCGAAUCGUCCAUAUAGUAGCGACAGAUGACGCUAUGGAGGACAUUGAAGGAGAUGAAGAUACCGCACCCAAACCAGAACCUCAUAUCCAGGGCCGUACGUUGCCCAAACGUGCAGACUUUCUUCAUACAAUCUUUCAAGAUGCUCAAGCGCCCUUGGCACAUACAACACAGCAGUGCAUACCCCUUCGGUCUUGUUCGAUUUCUAGACUUCCUGUGAAAUUCUCCAAAUUCGCUCUUUUUGUCCCCUCAAUCACGCAUAAGGUAGAGACGCUCUACAUCGCUGAGAGACUGGCAAGAACGAUUCUAUCUCGGGUGAAAUUCCAAGAUCUAAGCCAUGUCCUGACAGCCAUUAGCGCUUCAGUCGCAAGGGAGCCUACUGAUUACCAGCGAUACGAGUUCCUCGGAGACAGUCUCCUGAAGUUUAUCACAUCAAUUCAAUUGACAGCGGCCAACCCCCUUUGGCACGAGGGGUUGCUGUCUGCUGCAAAGGAUAACGUGGUAUCAAACGACCGAUUGUCGCAAGCCGCCCGACGGAUUGGCUUGGACCAGUAUAUCCUGACCAAGCCGUUCACGGGACGCAAAUGGAGACCAAGCCGAGUCUCUGACUUUGACGAGGCGAAAAAACCGCCCAAUGCAAAACGAGAGCUGUCGACCAAGGUUCUGGCCGACGUUGUAGAAGCUCUCCUGGGUGCUGCCUAUCUGGAUGGAGGGAUCGACAAAAUGUCUACCUGUGCACGAGUCUUUCUUCCAGAGGUUGAGUGGACGUCUCUAGAAGAGGGGAUUCGUCUGUUGAAUCAGGGGUCGUUGAUGUCUGAUGUAGCGGAGAUACAUCCGAAAUUGGCACAGAUGGAGGAGAUCUUGGGGCACAAGUUUACAAAGCCCAGUCUGCUCCUUGAAGCACUGACGCACCCAUGUUGUCAGGACGAAGCCGGUUCGUAUCAGCGACUGGAGUUUCUUGGUGACUCAGUGCUUGACCACCUUGUUGUCCAGGAACUUUUCAAUAAUGCUCCAACGGAGCUAUCGCAUCAAGAUAUGCAUCUAAUGCGGACAACGCUUGUAAACGCAGACUUUCUUGCUUUUCUGUGCUUGAGUCUUUACAUCGUCGAAGAGCGCGAGGAAGCAGCCGUUCCAGGGAUGGCUCACGUGUCGAUUGUAAAAACUGAGUAUAAGACGUAUUUGUGGCAAAUGAUGAGGCACGGAGCUUCGUGGGAGAUCGUCAACGCACAGCAAGAAACCAUGCAGCGGUAUCAAACCUGGAGCGGGGAAGUUGACGAGGCAUUACAGCAUGCAUCGACAUAUCCCUGGGCAGGACUGUUUCGAAUCAAUGCUGGCAAGUUUUUCUCCGACAUUAUUGAAAGUAUAUUGGGAGCGAUUUUUGUCGACUCGCACGGAUCUUUGGAUACUUGCCGUGGAUUUUUGGAGCGAAUUGGCCUAUUCCAGUACCUACGUCGCAUUAUUCGUGGGGACAUUGAAUUGUUACAUCCCCGCAACCAAUUAUACAUCGCAGCCAAGUCAGCUAAGGUCUUGAUCAGCACGCGAACCGAGAAGCUUGCGGGUCAAGGCCAGAGCGACGCGGACUGUGAGCUCGUGUACAUUUGCCGGAUACGGGUUGAUGACGAGGAUAUCAUCGAGGUUGGCGACGGGAUCAAUAAACUCGAGGUUGAGACCCGGGCGGCUGCACUGGCCGCGGAGAUUCUUAGAAGCAAAUCCUUAUUGUUACAACGCAUGGAUGAGUCCGAGGACUCCAGCGAUCCGUCCAGUGCUGUCACAACAGUGACGGAUGAUAGUACGACUGCUCCUAGCACUAACAGCGAUUAG